AUGUCACAAAGUCGACCCGGGUUGUUCCCGAGUUUGCGCAUGGGUGAGGUGAUCCGGGAGAAGGUCCAAGAUGGACUGACCGGCGAGGCCAAGGAGAUCUCCUACACCCAGUGUAAGAUCGUGGGCAAUGGCUCAUUCGGUGUCGUGUUUCAGACCAAGAUGGCUCCGAGCGGCGAGGAUGCUGCAAUCAAGCGAGUCCUCCAGGAUAAGCGGUUUAAGAACCGUGAGCUGCAGAUCAUGCGGAUUGUGCGCCAUCCUAACAUCGUGGAGCUGAAAGCCUUCUACUACUCCAACGGCGAUAGGAAAGAUGAAGUCUAUCUCAACCUCGUUCUCGAGUAUGUCCCAGAGACCGUCUAUCGCGCAUCCCGCUACUUCAAUAAACUCAAGACCACGAUGCCCAUGCUGGAGGUCAAGCUCUACAUCUACCAACUGUUCCGGUCGCUGGCCUACAUCCACUCACAGGGUAUCUGUCACCGUGAUAUUAAACCACAGAAUCUUCUUUUGGAUCCCGCCACUGGGAUCUUGAAGCUGUGCGAUUUCGGUUCGGCCAAGAUUCUCAUCGAGAAUGAGCCCAACGUGUCAUACAUCUGCUCUCGCUACUACCGGGCGCCUGAAUUGAUCUUUGGUGCGACCAACUACACAACGAAGAUUGAUGUUUGGUCGACUGGCUGUGUGAUGGCUGAACUGAUGCUUGGACAACCCCUGUUCCCUGGCGAAUCAGGCAUUGACCAACUGGUGGAAAUCAUCAAGGUCUUGGGCACUCCCACUCGGGAACAAAUCCGCACCAUGAAUCCCAACUACAUGGAGCACAAGUUCCCACAAAUCAAACCCCAUCCCUUCAAUAAGGUCUUCCGUAAGGCCCCACCAGAGGCCAUUGAUCUCAUCUCUGCCCUUCUGGAAUACACCCCGACACAACGGUUGUCCGCAGUGGAAGCGAUGUGCCACCCUUUCUUCGAUGAGCUCCGUGACCCGAAUACCCGCCUUCCAGACUCGCGCCACCACAACAACCCCUCCAAGGAUCUCCCCGCUCUUUUCGAUUUUUCACGACAUGAAUUGUCGAUCGCCCCUGAACUCAACAACAAGAUGAUUCCCCCUCACGCUCGUCCAGCCCUUGAAGCCCGCGGCCUCGGCCUUGAUACCUUCAAACCUCUUGCCAAGGAGGAAAUGCUUGCACACCUCGACUGA